UUCUUACAGGUGAAUUAGACAUGGAUCCACUGUUGCCCACCCUGAGCAUCGUUGACACCAGUGUGCCACAGGACAGACAACAGUGCUUUCUUAAAGCAUCGAAGGACGCCAAGACCCUGGCCUCUCGCAACAGGUGCUUCGAGCGGAACACUAGCCAGGACAAAAAAACUGCUUGUGAGGAAGCUAAAAAAAGAUGCCAGCACAUUACUUGUGCGCCAUCUGAGGUCCAGUAUCUCGGCCAGCUCAUUCCAAACUUUGGCAAAUACAAUGGCCAAAGUUUUAAAUGGCUGGUGGAGAACGACGUUGGCUACAUUAAAUAUGUGCUGGAUAUACACAUCAAGGAGCGUCGCCAUCAAGGAAGAAAAGAGGGCCCAGGUGAGUAUAUAAAGGAUCUUCUGUUACAGUAUGUGCAACUGUUUCCACAGGUUUCCUGCCACCUCGAGGUCAACGUCGACAGGGCCAUCUACGGUCAGGGCCGCUUCAGAUCCUUCACGUUCCUGGAGAUGCGUCAACUUCUUUAUUGGAGGCUUCUGCAUCAGCCUCAUCAGUUCCUGUCUUUUCUUCUUCAUCGGCUCCUGCAUCAGCCUCGUCAGUUCCUGCCUUGGCUUCUUCAUCGGCUCCUGCAUCAGCCUCAUCAGUUCCUGUCUUUUCUUCUUCAUCGGCUCCUGCAUCAGCCUCGUCAGUUCCUGCCUCGGCUUCUUCAUUGGCUCCUGCAUCAGCCUUGUCAGUUCCUGCCUUGGCUUCUUCAUCGGCUCCUGUAUUAGCCUCAUCAGUUCCUGUCUUUUCUUCUUCAUCAGCUCCUGCAUCAGCCUCAUCAGUUCCUGCCUCGGCUUCUUCAUCGGCUCCUGCAUCAGCUUCUGUGUCAGCUUCUGACGUUCAACCUAGAAGGUCAUCUGGUGGGUCAACACACAGUGACCCAGCACAUUCUGAGGUGUCAUUUGAGGGUUGGCACAAGAUGUGGGAGUCUGGUCUUCAUGGGCUGCCCAGUGCAGACAUACUGUGGCUUAAGGAGGAUGCUGAAAGGGGACUCUUUCAGAUGGCCAUGUCUUAUUAAGACAAACAUGGAAACAGAAAGUGGAGGAAAGUCCUGAAGGAUGACCGGAUGUGGUUUCACCCUCCAGAAUCUCCUGGAGUGGUGGAAGGAAAAGUCCCCUCAGCAGACUCCUUUUUUCGCAGCUCGGUUUUUUUCUGGAGACCAGUCGGUGUGUGGCGUUACAGUCUUCGGUGCCCAAGGUCUGACUGCCCAGCACGCACCAAUCAGAAGGCUUUUCUCUACCGUUGUGGGUAUUCAUCCACGAUAAGACAGAUCUGCCACAUGUCUGGCUGGUACUCCAUGCUGACUGAGGUCCUGGCAUGCAACGCCUGUAGAAAGGCUGCAAAGGAGUCGGAAGAGCAUACUAUUGGUCGUUUCCUGUCAUGGGAUCAGUGCAUCCUUAACCAGCUCAGUCCAGCUCACAGAGCGGUGUUUCCUGCUGUCUUGACGCUACGGUGAUUCUCUAGCAGAAUACAAAUCAUUGUGAAAUUAUGCAGAGUCUUAAAAAAAGUUAAGAUUCACCAUCAUCUAAUGAUUGUGUUGCUCCUAUGAUUCUAGGCGUGGCGUGGACAAGCAGGUGAUUACUAUAUUCUUAUGAUAACAAAUACAGGUAUUGAUCAUAUGUUUUGUCCCAGUUAAGAUCUUAAGAUGUUCUUAGAUGUUACAACUAAUGAUAAUAAUCGCCAUGGUAACAUAUAUUGCUAUAUAUAAAGGGAUAUUUAUUUAUUAGCAUGUUUGUUGCUAUAUUUUA